GCACCCAGACAUUUGUAGUACUUGUUGUUGUACUCCGUAUCAGACGGUAGAUAGACCAGACCAGACCAGACCAGAUCAGACCAAAAUAGGCGGGUCGGAGACUGGAACUUCCAUCAGCUGCACUUCAUCUGAUACACGUCUGAAGUUGGAACUCUACACUUUGCGACUUGCCACCUGAGGUUUGAGAUUUGAGAAACAGCACCAGCACCGUCUUCCGUGGAUAAGAAACGAUCCUGCGACGGGCAUCCCAGUGGAAGACGAGAGGCGGAACGACCCGAUUCAAGAUGAAUCUUCCACCGAACCCUACGGAGUACCUGUGGCCAUUAUCCGUGGUUCUACCGCUGGCUAGAGACUCCCCCCACCGUCUAGUACUACUACUAGUCGCGUUCUUUCCCGCACGCGUUCUACCGGCAUGGUUGUCGUCCCCUUUCCGUGGUGGUGUGCUACCGCUGCUUACCGUCGGUGGUGCUUUCUAUCUACCACUGGCCAAGUGCCUCGUGGCGAGCAACCUGACAGGGCUCUCGAGAUCUUCAUCAUCACCAGAGGGACGGUGGACAGUAGAUGGUAUAUAUCACAAAAAGUUCACCGCAGGAAUGCAUGUGUCGAUUGAGCACCCAAGUCCCAACCGGGCAGCUCGGGGUUCUACUCAUCUCCUCUUUGCCCGGAACGAGGCCAGACUAUUGACCUGGUUUCCACUCUCACGGGCUUGGUGACCUUAGCGCGGGCACCUUAUUGUUAGGCACUUGGCCGAUUGCGCUGAGUAGCCCGGCUUGAGGUACGGAGUGCUGACUUGCUGAGUGA